AUGGCAUCUACAAACCACGGUCAUGUCUCUAACCAUUCCAGAUUUGGCGGCCACCGCGUCCUCAUAACGGGCGGCGCGUCGGGAAUCGGACGGGCGAUUGCAACAGCAUUUGCGAGUCACGGCGCCCUUGUUAUUCUGGUCGACGUGAACCAGGAACAGCUCGACGAAGCCAUCAAGGCCAUUGGCGGUCAUGCUAGAGGGUAUGUGUGCGACGUGUCAUCAUGGUCCGCGCAACGCGAACUCUUUGACAAGGUAUCAACAACCAUCGGGCCACCCACGAUAGUCUGCCUGAAUGCUGGAAUCGACCCGGAGCUGGCUGUGAGCAACCCAGCAUCAAGCACCGAGUGCAAGAGUCUCGUUCGGUACAACUACCUGGCCGACGAGCCGGACGGGCCGCAUACUGGCACACCGAACGUGCUCAAGAAACCACCAUCGACUAUCCUCGACGUGAACUUCUACGGCGUCAUGUACGGAAUAAAGCUUGCGUCCUACUACCUGAAGAACCAUGGCGGGCGGAUCAUCGUUACCGGGUCUGCCGCGAGCUACGUUGGAUUCCCGUAUCAGGAGAUGUAUGUCGCAUCAAAGCACGCAAUAUUGGGGCUUGUUCGAGCCACUGCGAAGCGCCCACAACCGGGUGGGCAAACUGGCCGGGUGACGCUCUCGAUGGUAGCGCCGUGGUUGACGGAUACGCCUUUGACUCGAGGCCAUUCCCUCGUUCGUGAUGAACACGCAGUAUCCCAGACCAGUUCGGCUUCUGAUGUGGCGCGGGCUGUUUUACGUUUGGCUGCAAUGGAUCAUGACUCUGGUCACGGUCGGUGUCUGUGGGUGCGUGGAACUACAGUGCUGGAGGUGGAGGAAUCCUAUACAAAGUGGUUGGAGCAGCUGGGCGAAAUGCGGGUCAGAGAGAGGGAAGUCAGAUUGUAGCCCCGUCUUCAGCUUCAGGUAUCUGAGGCAAAAAGAGAAGCCAGAUUUGCCUUUUUUUUUUUUUUUUUU